AUAUUUUUUUCUACCACAGACAGCUAGGGCAGAAAAGAAAAGAAAGAAGAGUUUAGUGGUUAUUAGGGUUUUUAGUAGGACUCGUUUUAGUAAAGGAUGGAAGAUGAAGAAGGAGGAGCAGCAGUGGUGAGGUUUCUGAGGAGGGUACCUAAAGAUAGCUGUAAUCAAAUGAUAAAUCAGCUUCAAACAGUCCCAACAAAAAUAACCGAGUUUCAUACGAAAUUCAACGAAUUAAGGGAUGGAUACCGUAAUUGGGUUCCCAGACAAUCUUUUCCUGUUGAAUUUCCUGUUCUUACUACAUAUGGUGUAAUCCGUGGAGCUGCUUACGGUGCUUCUGUCGGAGUCUUAACUGAGGUCGCUAAGCAUGCCUAUCCACAGCAUUCACUUGCCCUUAAGGCUUUUAGCGCUAGUCCUAUGGCACAAGCCCGUCUUUUUGCUGCUAUGGGGGGUGCCCGUGCCAGUAUAACUUGUAUUAUGAAAAGAAUUAGAGGAAAAGAGGAUGUCCAGGCUCGAAUGGCAGCAGGUUUUGGUGCUGGAGUCACUUAUAAAUUGAUGUUGACGCGGAUGAGGGGUCCUGAUGCGGCAGUCAAUGCAGCCAUAUUAGGGGUCGCCGGUGCAAUCUUUGGAGGUUGUGUUUUCCAGCUAGGUCACAGAGUCUGUGAGCCGCCAGUGGAGUAUACAAGAACAAGAUGCAUGUUGUCGAGCCUUGGCCUUUUGAAAUACGAGAAGAACUUUGAGGAAGGCUCUUUAACAGACAAUACUCUACCUCUGCUUACUGACAGUGUUCUUAAAGAUGUGGGAGUCCCUCCUGGACCAAGGCUCCUAAUACUUGACCACGUUAAAAGGGAUCCUGAAGUGAAAAAGAUGGGGGAAGAACAUGCUGGAUGAAACUAAUGGUAAGUGAUUAAGUUUAUAAGCUAACCAAGGAUAGCUCAGUUGGCCAGUGGCCUCCGUCUCAUACUUGAUUUUGUUUACAAGCUGUUUUUUUAGUGUUUUAUGGUUCUGUAUAUAGCUCAACACAACAAUGCUUCAGACAACAAUGUUUAGUGACACUGAUAGUGAACAGUGAAGGUUAAUCUUUUAUGUAGGGAGAUAUAUAUAGUAUAUGUUAUGUUAUUUGGUAGUAGUUUUCUCUC